AUGGUGAGGCAGAAAACAAACCGAAGCAAAGAAUUUUGGACGUCUGCAUUUGGGGAGAAGACGAAGGAACAAGAGAAGGAGAGAUUAGAUGAAUUAAACGAACUAGAUGAGGAAUUAUGGAAAAAUGAGUAUACCAGUAAAAUCCAAAAAGAGUUUCUUUUAAAGAAUGCUAGCUUUGAAAAGGAUAUAAAAAUGUUGAGAGUACACAUGGGGGGUAACUUAAUCAAGAACAAACCUAUACUAAGUAAGAAGAACAUUGCUUAUGUAUGUAGUGAAAGUAGCAUUUUAUUAAUAGAUUUGAAAAAGAAAAAAAAAAAAAAAAUUGUAAUGUCAUUUUUUAUAGAUAGAAUGUUUUACUUUUUUGAUAAGAAGGGGAAAGAAGAAUAUUUGAUUUUGAAAAGCUUCAAUAAUUACAUAUAUAUAUAUCGAAUUAGUAAAAAAAAAUUUCAUUUUAUUAAAAAAUUUUUUAUAAAAAAUUUGUUUUAUAUAAAUAGUUUUGGGAAAAAUGGAGAACUAUGUUUUGUUACAUGGGAAUAUAAUCGAGAAAAAAAAAAAAUGUUUAUGAAUUUCUUUCUUUUAAGAUUUGUUUUUAAUUAUGAUACUCCUUUUUACUAUUUGAAUGAUGAAGGUGUGGUGAGUGCCACAUGUGAAACGACUAUUGGUCAUAUCAACCCUCCAACCCACGUUACAUAUACAUUUUCAUCAGAUUCUGAAAAUUCAUAUGAUUUGAAGAUGUUUCCACACGAGUUGAUGCUUAGCAGUUCUGAAGACAAUGAAUAUAGUGAACUCAACCAAGAAUCUGAAGUGAAAUCAUCUUCUCGUGACAAUCACAGUUCAAGUAUAAACCAUAAGAACCAUUCCAGAGUAUAUAUUAACGGAGAAGAAAAAAAUACCUUACCUAUCGAAAGAAGAAGUACAAAAAAACAGAAAAUUGAAAAGAGCAAAGGAAUGAAGGAGAGUGAAACGAAGAACACUGAACAUGUAAACAUUACUGUAAAGGUGAAAAUAAUGCCACUUGUUAAAAUAAAAUAUCUCUACUUUUCCAUGAUAGAUAUGAACCAAAGCUUGUCUAAACUAGUUCUAGCAAAUAAUAACAUAAUUGUUAUAUAUGACGUUGUGAAAAAGCGUUACAGUAUGAUUUACUAUAAGAACUAUAUAUCUUCCAUAAAAAUAAGUGAAGAAAAUUUUUUAUGUAUUGGUUUUAUGAAUGGAUACAUUAACAUAUUGUUGUUUGAUCAAUUGUCACUAACAGAAGACAUUAAACAGGAUGUAAUAGAACGAAAUUAUUCCGUGAGUGAAUCUUACGACAGUGAAAAUUACCCCACACAAUCCAGGAAUUUUAUGCAUUUGUUGAAAUCCAUGGAAAAGGCAUUUCCAUACAUUAUUGGAUAUGAAGUAGUUCAAUAUAAUAACAUCAUCUCUGGAGAAAAUGAAAAGAAACAGAGUAAUGGAGUCAGUGCAGGAGUUGUACCUUACAUAAACUUCCACCUAAGAAAAGACAAAAUUGUUGAAGUGCAAAAGGCACAUGUUAUAAAAUAUAAAUGGCAUAGUCAUUCUGUGUAUAACAUAACCAUCGAUGAUAGGAAAAUAAUAUCUUCUGGUGAAGAAGCGGUUAUUUUGUUUUAUGACAUAGACAAUGGUGCAUAUGAACACAUCCCUCACUUGGGAUCUCCAUGUUAUUAUACAUAUGUUAAUAAAAAAAAGAAUUUGAUUAUCUGCAAUUCGUUAAAUAAUUCAAUUAUUUUUAUUAAUUACAAUCAUCGACUAUUUUUUUACAAACAUACUGGAUUACAUAUGCCACUUUCCUUGAGGAAUUUAUUUUUCAAUCAUGCGAAUUGGCACAUGUGUAUAAAAAAUAGCAUACAUAUAUUUUCCAAGCAGAUUGACGACUCGUACAAUUACACAAAUGGGAAUUCCAUGGAAACAGAUUUUACCUGUACACGUAAGCAGAAAGAUCAUAAUGACAUAACUUUUUAUUUGUUCAAUCGGGAUGACUCAACGAAUGUGUUGGCCAACUGUGAAAAUGGGAAGGCCAGUAGUGAUAUCAGUAGUGAUAACAGUAGUGAUGUCAGUAGUGAUGUCAGUAGUGAUGUCAGUAGUGAUGUCAGCAGUGAUGUCAGGAGGGGGAGGAACAGGGGAAGUAUCAUGGGAAAUGACUAUGAGAAGAGUAGUACUGGAGAAGGCACACACGGUGGCGUUGUGAAUAAGAUCCUCUGGGGAAUGCAUAUGCAUUCAGGGAAAGAAGCACCCGAUGAGCAUUUAACCGUGGGCAACGAUGAGGGAAUUGAAUUGAGUCCAAGUGAAGGAGAAGUCGGUGCAGAAAAAGUCGGUGAAGAAGAAGUCGGUGAAGAAGAAGUCGGUGCAGAAAAAGUCGGUGCAGAAAAAGUCGGUGCAGAAAAAGUCGGUGCAGAACGUAUCGGUGCAGAACGUAUCGGUGCUAACCACGGGGGGGCAGGUGCCCCCCGGAGAGGCGCUUCCCACAAUGGAGAAGCAAAACCUGGAGAGGAGAAGAAAAAAAGAAGCGAAGAGAGCAAAGGCAAAUGCGCAAGGAAAAAAACCGUCGUUAGCUUCAAAAAGAUCCAAAACGAUCUUGAAAAGAAUAUAUACAACCACACGAAUGUUGAACAUAAUCUUUACAAAAAGUAUCAAGUACUUUUUUAUUGUGAUUCUAGCAAAGGCUUAGUGUUUACCUUCUUAACAUCCUUUUCGAAUUUACAAUUAUAUAACAUAGAAAAGGAUAGACAUGUUAAAUUUAUAUGCCCCUUGCAAAUGACAUAUAAGAGUAGAUCUUGUGUUGAAAAUGUCAAUGAUAUGGAAUUGCUUUUUUUUUCCUUCAAUCAUAGUAGAGAGUUAUUAAUGACUAUCGAGAAAAGGAAUUAUCAAAUGGAAGACAUCUGUACAAAUAACACAAAUUCUUUAACUCAAAUUAUGUAUAAAGUAAAAAUUUGGAUCAUACAGCAGCAGCAUAAUAAUGAUUUAGACUAUGUUCCAGUAUAUGAACAUAUUGUGGCAUGCGAUCAAGAGAAUGACGUAACUGAAGGAGGGAGAAAUAACCAAAUAGAGAUAAAUAAAAAGGGUGAAAACUUUCCCCAUAAUAAAAUAGAACAUUUUACAGAACAUUUUGAAAAAUACAAAAAGGUUAUUAGUCAUCCCUUCUUGAGUAUGUUCAUUGUUUUGGAAUCUUGUGGAAGCAUGACUUUUUGGUGCCUUGAAAAAAGUGAAUCUAUUUUCGAAAAGAACAUUUAUAAUGAUUACGAGGUUGACAUAUAUCAGAUGCAGGACUGUGGCUAUUGUUUUACUGGAACAAAGGAAUGGAAUCAUAUCGAUAAUUUGUACGAUGAUUUUUCCAAAAAUAAUAUUGGAGAAACGGAAGACAACCAAAAUGUGGAAUGCCAAACUGUCACUGUGAUUAAGAAAAUUAACUAUAAAAACCGUCCUAUCUUAGAUGGAGACAUUAGUAGAGAUGGGAAAAUUUUAUGCAUAUGUCAUGAUAAAUUUAUAACAAUAUGGGAUACCAUAACACUGAAAGUGUUGGCAGUAAUAAAUCAUUCCAUAUAUACAGGACUUAGCGAUUAUAUAUUUGGCUUAUACAAAGGUAUAGAAAUUUUACAGCGAGAAGAUGAAGUAGAUGGGGGAGAAGUAGGGGCAGUAGCAGGGGUAGAAACAGGACCAGGAGCAGGACCAGGAGCAGGACCAGAAGCAGGACCAGAAACAGGACCAGAAGCAGGACCAGAAACAGGACCAGAAGCAGGAGCGGAUGAAAACGGGCAUGUGCCCCACAUGUGCUUCUUCGCAUUGGAUAGCAUAUUUAUAUAUUCCCUACAUGAGUUCCAUUUAGUUUUUCAAAAAAAAAUUAAAAGAGGAAUCAUAGAAUACGUAAAAUUUGACAAACAUAGCUGUAAAUAUGUAGCUAUUGGAAUUACAAAAAAGGUUAAAAGUGAAACAAAACGCGGUAAAAACUUUUACGAUAUAAUUCAGAAGAAUUAUUUGUAUGAAUUCACAUCUAACAUGUUAAAGAAAAAAAAAUUAUUUUACACUUCCAAAGAUAAGCCAAUUGUGGCUCUAGACUUUGCGCCUCUGAAUAGCCGCAAAAAUAUCCCCCUCAGCAAAUACCAGGGGUCCACAAUAUUGGUAGCGCUCAAUUCGAAAUUUCAAAUAUGCACCUUUUACUUUAAUAACUACGCUAGCUUUAUGAAGUUCUCGUGA